GCGGCAGGAGCUGGUCCCGGCGCCGCCUCGGGCUCCGCUCGGCUCGGGAGCUGCUCCCGAAGGAGGAGAGCCAGGCGAGGGGCGGCGAGCCGCGGGGCCCGCGGGCCGGGCGCAUGGCUUAGGGACGCCCCCGCCCGCCGCGCCCCCAGCAUGGGGAAACUUCACUCCAAGCCGGCCGCCGUGUGCAAGCGCAGGGAGAGCCCGGAAGGUGACAGCUUCGCGGUGAGCGCUGCCUGGGCUCGGAAGGGCAUUGAGGAGUGGAUCGGGAGGCAGCGCUGCCCGGGCGGCGGCUCCGGACCCCGACAGCUGCGGGCGGCGGGCACUGUCGGCAGAGGAACCCGGGAGCUGGUGGGCGAGGUUUUCAGAGAAACGCUCAGCGAGGAGGAGGAGGAAGACUUUCGACUGGAAGUGGCCCUGCCCCCCGAGAAGACCAGCGGGCUGGCCAGUGGCGAUGAGAAGAGGAUGGAGAAGCCGAGCGAAUCCUGUCCGGGCUCCAAGAAGCAGCUGAAAUUGGAAGAGCUGCAGUGUGACGUGUCCGUGGAGGAGGACAGCCGGCAGGAGUGGACCUUCACCCUGUAUGACUUUGACAACAAUGGGAAGGUCACCCGUGAGGACAUCACCAGCCUGCUGCACACCAUCUACGAGGUGGUCGACUCCUCCGUCAACCACUCCCCGACGUCCAGCAAGACGCUGCGGGUGAAGCUCACCGUGGCCCCCGACGGGAGCCAGGGCAAGAAGAGCAUCCUUCUCAACCACCCCGACCUGCAGAGCAUCAGGCCCAGAGCAGAGACCAAGCCGGCGGAGGAGCUGCGCAGCUGGGACAAGAAGCAGCGAGCCCCGCUCAGGUUCCAGGGGGACAGCCGCCUGGAGCAGCCUGGCUGCUACCACCCUUGCGUGGAUGAGAACAUUGAGAGGAGAAACCACUACUUAGACCUCGCUGGGAUAGAGAACUACACGUCCCAGUUCGGGCCUGGCUCCCCGUCCGUGGCCCAGAAGUCAGAACUGCCUCCCCGCACCUCCAACCCCACGCGGUCUCGCUCCCACGAGCCAGAAGCCAUCCACGCCCCCCACCGGAAGCCCCAAGGCGCAGACCCGGGCUCCUCCCACGGCCUGGACACCCCGUUCGCCAAGGUCCCGGAGGUCCAGCAGCGGCUCCGGGGCGCCCAGGACGGGAGCAAGCACUUUGUAAGGUCCCCCAAGGCCCAGGGCAAGAACGCGGGCGUGGGCCACGUGGCCAGGGGGGCAAGAAGCAAACCCCCUCCGGGACCCGCCGUCCCCGCGGUGUCCCCGUCCGCCCACCUGGCCGCCAGCCCGGGCCUCCUCCCCACCCUGGCACCCCUCGGGCACAGGAAGCACCGGCACCGGGCCAAGGAGGGCCAGCAGGGGUGCCGGGCUCUGCAGGCCCCGCUGGGCGGCGGCUCGGUCCUGGGCCGGGACCACGUGCGGGAGCUGCCCGCGCCGGCCGCGGUGGCGCAUGACGGCCAGGCCGGCCAGGCGGUCCAGAGACACGAGCACCACCACCACCACGAGCACCACCACCACUACCACCACUUCUACCAGACAUAGGCCCGGCCGCCGCCACGUGAAGGACCCCUCCCUCGCCCCCAGGCAUUCUUAUUCUAUUAAUUAUUGUUAUUAUGACGACUAUUGUUAUUAAUAAUUAUUGUUACUCCACUAAUA